UCGUGUUCCCCGUUUGAUGAGUGUGUGUGUGGGAGAGAAUCUGUGUGAGUUUAAAUACAGACAGAAUUAUAGUCCUGCAGUAACGUGAGCUCCAGUUUAAUUAACGUUGGGUGUUUUUACUAUUGUAGCGAAUCAGCCUGUAAUAAAGCGACUGAUGCUAACGUGCUAACGUUAUUAGCUGGCUAGUGGACAUGUUUACUAUGUUUUUUGGUUUUUUUUAUCUUUUAAUUUAAUUUCUCUCUGUGUGUGUUUGUAGAGUGUUUAACAUGAAAAAAAGUUGUUUUGUUUCACACGUGGGUUUUCUUGCGAAACUCCGAAGUGAUAUAUUUACAUUUUGACUUUUGCUAAGCUAACAACAACUCGGUAUCGUAUUAGUGAGUCAAUUAGAGAUUCGAUUCAUCUUAUUAAGGACAAAUAUGUUUGUUAAACAUCUACGUUAACUCUAUCGAGACAUCAUGUAUGUCUUUUCAUUUAGAAUUUGCAAAUAUGGGUUUAAAUGAUAUCGUUAUUUGAGCAAAUGUUUUAUUCAUGACGGUUCUCUGGUUAUUAAAUGUCUGAGGAAAAAAAGUUCCUGAAGUCACCGGAUAUGGAACAUUUUCAGUAAACUGAUAAUAAAGUCAUGGUGUAAAGAAGUAAAUGAGUGAAAAUACGAGAGCUUUUUUUCCUGCUUGUGCAGAUAUGGAUCACAAGAAUCAUUACUGAGAAAAUCGUGAAAAAAGUUCAGACAACUUUGUGCAAAUUCUGUACUGCUAAACUGUUUAAGUUUAAAUCAUAUUCAAUUUGUGGCAUUACUUUAAAUUUAUUUUCAUAUUUGUCUUUGUUUUGAUAUUUGUUUAUUUGUGAAUUGUGCUUCAUUUUCUUUCAGACACAUCAUCUCUCUCUCUCUCUCCCUCCCUCCCUCAUACUUCCUAUUUUUAUUUUGUUAUUCAAAGAUGGUUUGAUGUCUUACUUUUGAAUGAAUUCUUUUCUAUCAAUCUGCCCAUCUUUACACCGUCAUCCAUGCUGUGAUUAGCAUCGUGUCUGCUGAUGUUUGUACAAUUAAGAGUUCAAAACUUAUUCAGUAUUGCUGAUAAUUUAGAUUAUGUCUGUUCAUUAGAAUAGACCAAGAAUGGACAACAUGAGCCACGUUACUGGGCCAAAUGUGUUAGAAAAGAGAAAAUUAGAGAUACAUUCUGGUGAGUUUAAAAGAGUGAUGUUAGAAUUCUGGGGAUUGUAUCGGUACAUGAUGUUGCUAUGCUGCUGGGAUGUUUCUCUGAAGAGCUACCAAUCAGGGCUAACACAUGGUUCCUGAUCCAAGGCAUGUGCUUCCAGGCCAACACUUCUUUUUUGAACUAAUAAUCAUGUAGUGUCAGGGAGGAGGCAUAAUGCACUACCCUCCACCUGCUCCUGCAUGAACGAGCUGAAUGAGGGGAUGAUUGGCAGGUGUUCCUGUGAUUGAUAAGGGAGAGAGUGUAUCCCUCCCUUCUUAAGAACAUGGCCAGUUUUGCUCUUCUGGAUUUCCGACCCCGGAUGUCUGUGACAUCAUUGAGAUUUAAACUCGGACGAUGGGGCAAACACUUUUCUGUUUUCAGUCACACCAAAAUACAGCGACGUUGUCAGCAUUUCAGGCCGUUGUCAACCCUGGAAACCGUGUUCAGCUCACUUAACGUUGUCAUCACAGCGCCCUGUUCUGAAGACACUCAGCAGCUGUGAAGGUGGUUAAAACAAUGGCCCUGAAUGUACCAUGAGGUUUGAGCUUAGGACAUCAAAUGAAACAUUGCGUUCAACUUUGACAACCAGUACGGUGGAGAAUGGGCAGCUUCCUGAUCCUGCCCACUGGGCUGUAGCCGAUGUUGUCAAUUAUUUUAAAGCUACUGGAUUUGAAGAGCAAGCCAAUGCUUUCCAAGACCAGGAAAUUGAUGGCAAAUCUCUAUUGUUAAUGACUCGUAACGAUGUUCUGACUGGACUCUCAAUAAAACUGGGGCCGGCAUUGAAGAUUUACGAGUACCACGUGAAGCCGCUUCAGACCCAACACUUAAAAAGCAAUGCCUCAUAGCACUCUGGACGAACAGAUGGGCCGAGCGUUGGACGACAAUCACGCCAUGGAACAGCAGGGUAACUGCAGACUGAAGACAAGGCCAUGUCCUUAUGUGCAUUUUAUGCAUCUUUGUAGGCAAAUACACAAAAAAACUUUAAUGUGAAUUUCUUUCUCAUUCUAAAUUUGGUUGUACAGGUACAACGUUGUCUCUUUUUUUGGUGUGUGUGUGUGUGUGUGUGUGUGUGUGUGUGUGUGUGUGUGUGUGUGUGUGUGUGUGUGUGUGUGAGAGAGAGAGAGAGAGAGAGGGGAUUUGUUGAACUGGUGUUAUGACUGAAGUGUUUUUUUUUGUUUUGUUUUGUUUUUUUAAAUGACCCUUUGCAAACAUGUAAAUAUGUCCAAAUAUUUAGUUUGGUUUGCGAUUUUUAAAAAUUUUAAUGUGGAAUAUAGCGUGAAAGUCUUUGCCACUAAGACGAUAAACACUAUAGUGGAAAGUGUUGCUAGGUGUACCAUGAAUUUCAGAGGUUUUAUUGAGAAUGAACUUAUCGCAUUAUUGGUCUGUAUAUAAAAUGUGACUAAAGGAGUGAUGGAUCAAUUGUUUUGUUGGUGCUUGCUUCCUCUUCUCCUUAAAGCUAUUUAAGUCUUUAAUGGUUAUAAAUAAGUUACAGCACAAAUGAUCAUGAAAACUAACCAUGCUGCAGCUGUAUGUGUUUUUUUAUCAAAGAUUUAUUUAAAAUGUGCUCAAAUAAGGACUUUGAGGCAGUGUAACAGGUAGCUAGAGCCUGGGAUCUAAUUAAAACCAGGCUCCUUUUGUGUUUAACUGGGUUAUUUGCAUUAAAAGUCUAUUAGACGUAUAUAAUAACUUUUUGAAUAAUUUUAAAAGGAGGAUCACAAAAUACUACUUUUUGAACAAGUAAUCUCUGACCACAGACUGGAAGCUGGUGGUGUUUCUGACGCCGGUGCUUAAGAAGUAAAGUUCAGUUUUACAAGGUGUCUUUUUAGCAGUAUUUGUUCCUAAAUAUCCUGCAAUAGAGGAUUCUCUGAAUGUCAAAUGUUUGCAAUAAUCUGCUUGAAUAACAAAAUCACUGACUCAACCAUAAUCCCUGGUUAUCAUUCCAGUACAGAGAUUACACCCCUAAUAACUAAUCAUUACAAUCUAUGUUCCAUGAUUGGAUGCCCAGAUUAUUUCUUGUAUGACUUUUUUUUAUUUUUUUUGCUUGUUUUAAUAAUGAAUUACUGUGCUUUGUGUUUUAAAAACAUCAUUUUCAUUCGCAAUAAUACCACAUUAUCUAAGGAAUGAAAAGAAUCCAUGCAACAUUUUAUCUCUUUUCUCUUUCCAAAUACAUUUAUAUCUAAUUUCACAUAACUUCAAAUUAGUGUUCCAGAUAUUUUGAUGUAUUAAAAAAAAACACACACAACUUUAAAUUUGUUCAAUCACACCGAGCCCUGCACAACAUUGUGUAAUGAUGUAUAUGUAUACAUGAUCUCCAUGUUCAAUUUAUUUAUUAAACCUCUUAUUUAUUAAAUGUGACUAGUAUUUGUUGCAGUCAUUUCAUUCAGAUCCAAUUCAGUUCUUUGAAGAAAAAAAAUUGUUUUUAAUAUUAUUAUUUGUCAAUAACUCCAUUUGUGAUAUUUGGACACAUAAGGUUCAUUUUUUGUUGACUUGUUUUUAUUGCAGUUUAUUAAAGUCUGUUAAGACAGC